UGUAGUGUAAUACAGUAAGAGGUCAUGUGCCGUCAACGACAUGUUCCUCUUUGUUUUCUAAUACUGUUAUGUACAGUUUAUGAAAGUAAUGUUGGCUACUGAUGUCACAAAAGCACAAUGGAUGCAUCAAAUGAGUAAUUUAGCCAUUUUCAGCUGUGAUACCUCGCCUUGAAAUUUGAGCAAAACCCAGUCCAUGUCACUUAUGAAUAUACAACUUCAUUAAAUGAAUAAUAUGGAAAUGUAGGUCGUAAACAUUGGUGUUCUGGGGGAAACUGUUGAACCGAAUCUGAAGUGCGUGGCAGCAGCAGCAGGAGCUCAGUGAUGGUGCUGAUGCUGAUGCGGGGCACGGGAGCGCGCCGCUGCAUCGUGCCCGGGCGCGCGCCUGAAUUGCAAAGUGCAGACGAUGCGGCUGUCUCUGCGCAUCCUCUGUGGACCGUCCGGCUCCCCACGAGUUUGUCCCCGCCGUUAACCAGCAAACUAACACACCAGUCCGCCGCCUUGCACGGUCGUCCGUGUCGUCCGUGUCCCCGCUGUGCAGGGAGGCCCCGCGCACCGAUGUCUCACAGCUCCCCAUCGGAACGCAGCACUGCGGUUGACGGCCAUGGCGCAGCCGAGGAAACCCAGAGACGUCCGGCUUGGAUGAAGGACGCGUUGCGCAUCGGAGGUUUCUAAACUUCCCCCGCGGUGAGGAAAAGCGACGCACCUGAUUUUUUUUUUAUCUCAGGGGAAAUUGUUUGUUUUGCAAAUGAUGCUUUGAGUCCCUGCGGUGGUCGAAUCCGAGCUCUCAGCUGAGAUCCCGGGACGCAGGGAUAAUCGUCAAGGCUCCGCCGGAGGUCCCGCGAACCUUCCUUUUAACACCACCCUGAAACAGACUGAUCCUCCUCGCCUGUCUUCAUCGUUUGUUUGUUCCACACCCGCAUUGUUUGGAGCUGCGGUGCAGACCGUUGCCAGCAGCAGCAGCAGCAGCAGCAGCCAUGAUGGACGCAGCGGAGUGCGGGGUGAGAGUGAUGUGUCGCUUCAGGCCCCUGAACGAGGCCGAAAUCAACAGAGGAGACAAAUACAUCCCCAAAUUCAAAGAAGAGGACACUGUGGUCAUAACGGGCAAACCCUACGUGUUUGACCGCGUGCUGCCUCCAAACACGUCACAGGAGCAAGUGUACGACCAGUGUGCCAAACAGAUAGUUAAAGAUGUGCUGGGUGGCUACAACGGCACCAUCUUCGCCUACGGACAGACGUCCUCAGGGAAGACACAUACCAUGGAGGGCAAACUGCACAACCCCCAGCUGAUGGGAAUAAUCCCUCGCAUUGCCCAUGACAUCUUUGACCACAUCUACUCAAUGGACGAGAACCUUGAGUUUCACAUCAAGGUCUCCUAUUUCGAAAUCUACUUGGACAAGAUCAGAGACCUGCUGGAUGUGUCAAAGACGAACCUCGCUGUGCACGAGGACAAAAACAGAGUGCCGUAUGUCAAGGGUUGUACAGAACGUUUUGUGUCCAGUCCCGAGGAGGUGAUGGACGUUAUUGAUGAGGGCAAAGACAAUCGGCACGUGGCAGUCACUAACAUGAAUGAGCACAGCUCGCGCAGCCACAGCAUCUUCCUCAUCAACAUCAAGCAAGAAAACGUCGAGACGGAGAAGAAAUUGUCAGGGAAGCUCUAUCUGGUCGACCUGGCCGGCAGUGAGAAGGUCAGUAAGACUGGAGCUGAGGGAGCUGUGCUGGAUGAGGCGAAGAACAUCAACAAAUCUCUCUCAGCGCUAGGGAACGUCAUCUCCGCUCUGGCAGAGGGAACAAAAACCCAUGUGCCGUACAGAGACAGCAAGAUGACCCGCAUCCUGCAGGACUCUCUGGGAGGAAACUGUCGCACCACCAUCAUCAUCUGCUGCUCGCCGUCCGUCUACAAUGAAGCCGAGACUAAGUCUACGCUCAUGUUUGGACAGAGAGCCAAGACCAUCAAGAACACGGUGUCCGUGAACCUGGAGCUGACGGCUGAGGAGUGGAAGAAGAAAUACGAGAAGGAGAAGGAGAAGAACAAGAGCCUGAAAAGCGUCAUCCAGAGGCUGGAGGCUGAACUCAACCGCUGGAGGAACGGGGAGAACGUCCCCGAGGAGGAGCAGCUGAGCUCGAAAGAUCAGAGGAGUGUCGAGAAUGACAACACUCCCAUCAUUGACAACCUGCUGCCGGCCGGGGGAGGGGUCCCGGUCCCCAGCGACGAGCGGGGCAAGUACGUUGAGGACAUCGGAAACCUGUACAAGCAGAUGGACGACAAGGAUGAUGAGAUCAACCAACACAGUCAGCUGGCUGAGAAACUCAAGGAGCAGAUGCUUGAUCAGGAAGAGCUGCUGGCAUCGACGCGGCGAGACUACGACAAGAUCCAGGAGGAGCUGUGCCGGCUGCAGACGGAGAACGAGCUGGCCAAGGAGGAGGUGAAGGAGGUGCUGCAGGCCUUGGAGGAGCUGGCCGUCAACUACGACCAGAAGAGCCAGGAGGUGCAGGAGCAUUAUCAGACCAACCUACAGCUGACUGAGCAACUGCAGCAGAAGACGGCGUUAUUGUCAGAGGUGCAGAUGGAGCUGGGUCAGUUGCAGGAGCUGAACGGCCUCCAGAGGAAGAGAGCUGCUGAGGUCCUCAACCUGCUGUUGCGAGACCUCAGUGACAUUGGCGCCAUCAUUGGCACCAGCGAUGCCAAGGGCGCCGCGUGCUGCGAGACGAAUGGGAACUGCUCUGCUGUGGAGGAGGAGUUCACGGUCGCUCGCCUCUACAUCAGCAAGAUGAAGUCGGAGGUCAAGUCGCUGGUCAACCGCAGCAAGCAGCUGGAGAGCACGCAGGCAGACGCCCACCGCAAGAUCCAGGCCAAUGAGAAAGAGCUGGCAUCCUGUCAGUUGCUCAUCUCCCAGCACCAGGCCAAGAUCAGGUCUCUGACUGACUACAUGCAGAACAUGGAGCAGAAGAAGAGACAGCUGGAGGAGAGUCAGGAUGCUCUGACUGAGGAGCUGGCCAAAUUGCAGGCUCAGGAGAAAAGACACGAGAUGUCUGGGCUGGAGAGGGAGAAGGAGGACAGACCGGAUGGAGGAGAGGAAAUCAAGAAAACAUUGGAGGAGCAGCUGGAAAAUCACAGGGAGGCUCAUCAGAAGCAGCUCAGCCGCCUCCGAGACGAGAUCGAAGACAAGCAGAGGAUGCUGGAUGAACUGACAGAUCUAAACCAGGGUGUUUUACUGGAGCAGGAGAGACUCAUGUUAGACUAUGACAAACUGAAGGCUGAGGAGCAGGAGAAGGAUGCAAAGCUACAGAAUCUAAUGUUGCUGAAUGAACAGAGGGAGCAGGCCAAAGAGGACUUGAAGGGGCUGGAAGAGACUGUCGCCAAAGAGUUGCAAACACUGCACAACCUCCGCAAGCUGUUCAUUCAGGACCUCACCACGCGGGUUAAAAAGAGUGCAGAGCUGGACUGUGAGGAGGGACUUGGCAACGUUGCCCAGAAACAGAAGAUUUCUUUCCUGGAGAACAACUUAGAGCAGCUCACCAAGGUCCACAAGCAGCUGGUCCGAGACAAUGCAGACCUUCGGUGUGAACUGCCCAAGCUGGAGAAGCGUCUCCGUGCCACGGCCGAGCGUGUCAAGGCCCUGGAGAACGCACUGAAGGAGGCCAAGGAGAACGCCAUGAGGGACCGCAAGCGCUACCAGCACGAGGUGGACCGCAUCAAAGAGGCUGUGCGGGCCAAGAACAUGACCAGGAGGGGUUACUCUGCUCAAAUCGCAAAACCCAUCCGUCCAGGCCACCAUCCACUGUCAUCCCCCAUCAGCAGCUGCAUCAGAGCCGGUGGUGUCUACACCCACAGCCACUGAAAAACCCCACAACAGCAAGUCAACACUACAAAUCGACGCAUGCCAACCACCCAACCACAAGCAACAAGCCCCACUCCCAACAAUCGGUGCACCAGUGGGAGACCGUCACAACAGAUUGCCAUUGCUCUGGGAAAAAUCCAAACAUACACUGACACGAGAUGUAAACACAUUUCAUAUUCUGAAUGUAGAUAUCAGGGGCCUCGUCCAUAAACAUGUUUUGUUUAUGCAACAGAAUAAAAAGCGCAACAUUUAUAAGUGAGGCCCAGAGUUUCUCUGGCAUGAAUUAGAUGUUGCAUCUUUUUGUUUGUGACUCACGGUUGAAAGUUAGGAUUGUGCGUUUAUUUCCGAAGCUUGAAGAGCCAGGCAGAACAGAUUGAACCUUCAGAUUAAUAACUUCAUCUUAACAACCAGCAUUUCAUUCAUUUAAAAGAAUAGUUGGGAAACAAGCUUACCCACCUUCUUUACAAGUAACUCGCCAAGAUGGGGGUGUGAGUUUCUCAUCGUGGUGAAGUUGGAAGUUACUUGAGUUACAGUUGAGGGGAAAAUUAAAUUCAGUUACUUUAGAAGCAAAAACAUGUUGACACACUGAUUCAUAUUUACCACCCCCACUAAAAUGCUCUUGGUUGCAUUUCUUUACUAAUAACUUGUGCUUUUUUAUGAGUUAUUGUCUUCUCACUUGUGGUUUACUCCUUUGUUCCCCUACAGCGGACAAUCAUCAAACAACAAACACCAUUAAGAUUUAGAAAGUAUUUUCAUAAUAUGAACUGUUUGUAUAAAAAUCGGAUUCCCCCGUUAGUCUUUUUUCCCAUGUCCCAAAUUACAUUGCGUUCUGACCUCUGAAGUCAUAAAUGGAAUAAUAAUAUUAUUUGUCAAUUUUACCGUUGGUUGUAAUAUAUUGUACUGUAGCCCUGAAGGGACACUGACCAGUCAAUCAGAUGUCCCUUAGACGUGGAAGAGAACAGUACUUGAGUCUGGUUUUGUUAUAUCCAUGAUAGAAAAAGUAUUAUUACUAUUAACUAUUACGAAACAUUUCAGGAUGUCAUGUUCUACACUCACUCUGAAAAGUUCCCGAUCAGCAAGUUAGAAAAACCCAAGAGUUAGAGUCAGAAACAUGCAUUUCUAUGUCCAACACAAAAAACUACUGAAGCAGAAAAAUGUAUUGAUCAUCACACCUUGAAAAUUUGAAUCCCUCUGAUUGGCUGAAAAGUCUGUUCUUCACUCUGCCACACCUUGUGCCUUCAGAAACACCUGGACCACCAGAAUAACAGACUGAACAGUUGCUUCACCUUCGCUCGGCACCCUCUGAAUUAUGACAUCACUCAAGUAUAUUUACAUUUAAAUGACCCUGCACUUUUCUUUGUAUAUUAAAAGUCAAACGUGGUAAUUAAAUGCGACCCCUUUACCCUCUGGUCAAAGAUAUAUUAGUUUGCCCUGCCUUCCUUUAUGCUGCCAGUUGAGCAUGUUUUUGAAUGUACAUUAUCUCAGUGGAUGUUUUCUCGGUCACGUUUAGUUGCUGAGAGUUGUUGAUACACUGGGCAGCUUUUUUAGGCAACUAGAGCUUCGGAGCAAUUGUAUUGGUUGCCUCCAGAUUUUGCCAAAAAACAUCACAACUCUUUUAGCCAGACUAUCCUCCUCUUCAUUUGAUUGUGGUGGUUUGAUAGCUGCAGGCACACUGUACAUGUACAUGAUUGAUGAUUGUAACUGCAUGGAGCUUGUGUUAAAGGCAUGCUCAGGGAAGGUAAACUGAGGUGAUUUGUCAACGCGAUGCGUUUACCUCAUAAUGUACAUUUUGAAUUUGCAAAAAAAUGUUUUUUUGUUUUCAUCAGUUCCCUUCAUUUUUGUUGGCUGUGGCAUCCUAUCUGAAUAUACCUACAACAAAUGCAACUAAAACUAAUAAAGAUAUAUCUAUUUAACGUU